AUGGCCUCCAAAAACUUAUACAAGAAUGGCUCCAUCAAAUCCGAAGUGCAAUGGCUGGUGAUUCUGUGCACGGGAGUGUUUGCCUUCCUUUUCUUGGCCAGAGUCUCUUCCCCGUAUUUUCGGAUUAUGCCUACGUAUCUUGACAUCCCAGAGCUGGGUACUAUUGAAGGCACUUUGUACCCAAGCGCCCGCGUGUUCCAGGGCAUCCCCUUUGGGACGGCCGAGCGAUUCCAGCCGCCUGUGCUAGCAGCUGCGUGGAAGCCUGAGACCCUGGUGGCGAGGCAGUUUCGCCCUGCGUGUAUGCAUCCAAGCGGCUAUAGAAAGGAAGGUGUUAGCGAGGACUGCUUGUACCUGAAUGUGUACACUCCGACUUGGGGAGUCGGGGACAAGCCAAAUCCUGUGCUCGUUUGGUUUCACGGCGGCGGCUACACGCUCGGGGCAGGGAGUGAUACAGCGCCUGAUGAUGCUGCAGAGCUGGUUUGGAAUCACAAAGUCGUGGUCGUCAGCACUAACUAUCGCCUGGGCGUCUUUGGCUUUUCAGGCUCUGAUUCCUUCCGCGCCAGAGAUAACUCCACAGGAAACUUUGGGAUACAGGACCAGCGGCUAGCAUUGGAUUGGGUCCAGAAGCACAUUCGCGCUUUCGGUGGUGAUCCGGCCAGGGUCACGGUUAUGGGCUGGUCGGCUGGCGCUGCAUCCAUUUCAGUUCACCUAGUGGCCCCCAAAUCACGGGGGCAUUUCUCCAAAGCCAUUCUCAUGUCAGGUGGUUUUACAGACUGGGCAGCAUUGCCAAUGUCCGCAGCAGAAGCAGCUUUCGAUGCCGUUUGCACAUGUGUUGGCUGCGCGAAGACCGAUCGCGAGUGCCUGCUUGCACGCUCUGCGGAAGAGUUGGUGAGAUGUGGUAACGGACAGUGGUAUGGUCCUGUGGUGGACGGUGUGGAGAUGACUGUGAGUCCAUACGACGCUAUCAAGACGCGAAGCAAAGCUGUGGAUUGGUCGGUGCCAAUCAUCAUCGGCAACACUUUGGGCGACAAGCUGGUCGAUUUAGGUCCACAUGCAGAUGCUGACAAGCUCCGAAGGUAUUUGGAGACGCAGAUGGCGCCGGCUGCAGCGAAGAAGGCAAUGGAGCUGUAUCCUCUGUCAAUUUUCAGGGACUAUGCCCUUCGCAUCUUCCCACACGAGUGGAGUUCUGCAUACUGGGCAGCUCGUGUCAUGGGAGCAGACAAAGACUUCACCUGUGUGAUGCGGCGCGUUGUGCAGCAAUAUUACAAGAAUGGCGGGAUUGCCUUCUGGUACAACUGGUUGCAGCCGCAGGUAUUUGACAAAAAACAAAUGGCCGCCCUAAGGAAGGCUUCUUUGUCCAUGGACGCAAAGCCGGUAGGUGGCAGCUGCUAUCCGUGCCCAGGAGCUGGACAUGGAUCUGAUUUGGCCUUCCUUUUUGAGAAUCCGACCAAAAUCGAUGUUGAUGGAAAAGUUGUGCAGGGGGCAAAGCUGACGGACCGCCUUCAAGGUGCGUACACAAAUUUCAUUUGGUAUGAGGGGAAUGCCACUGAAAACAUCGCAGAUGCAAACGAGGUUCAUGAAGAUAGUCGCCUAACUGUGCCACUGCCGGACUGGUAUCCCUACCAUCCCAAACGUGGUAAUGCCAUGCGCUUUGCCGCUGGCGUCAGCCAAGAGGCCCAGAUCCACCCGGCUAGCGCCAACAUCAGUGUGAAGCGCAACAGAUACAGUCAUGUGAAGCAGACACUGGCAGUGGAGAAAGAAAUCUUAGACAUGCAAACGCACGAGCAACUUCAAAGCUUGUUCUUCAAAUGGGCGGAUGGAGUGAUGGCGGACUCCAUUGGCAUGGGCCUGGCGAAGCACAGCCUGGCACUUCAGCUGAAAGCCUCCUUGGAUGACGCCCGAAGGAGUGAGGCUCGCCUCGCCCAAUAUGCCCAUGAGGCGUCGGCACCAAAGGCGACAAGGGAGCCUCAUCAGAGCCACGUUCGUCUCAGCAAGCCCCUGGACGGCCUUGCCCAACUGGUGGAAGGACGAUCCGACUUUUUCGCUGAGCUUGCGCAAUGUGUCGGGUAUGAGGUCCAACGCUUGCUGAGAUACACUUUGCUCAGUUGCGCAAAGCCAAUGACUGCAGAUGUCGAGGCCAAGGCUCAGCGGCAGGUCUCCGACGGCCUCAGGACAGUACUUGGACACCUCUCCACCUACGUGGACGAGGUCGUCACAGCGUCCCAGAGCAGCAAGAUCAUGACAGUUCUGGAUUCUGGUUCCGCCCAGGCCCUCCAGCACCAACUCGAUGCUGUUGUCGCUCAGGAUCAAGAACUCCAAGAGCAGCUGGCCUCAGAUGAUCGGAAAAUCCGGAAAACGACCCAGCUCCUGAACCACCUACGCUCUAUGUAUUACCAAGACCUUGAAGCGUUAAGGGCCAGGCUCAGGUCAUUGCUGUCCCGAUACCUGGACCACUUUACUCCCGAGGACUUGGAGAUGGCGCAGGACAUGCUGAACGUUCGCUUCUUCAACCCAGACUCCGCUCUGGAUGAGGACACAGAGGACGCAGUAAAGCGCAAGGCAGAGAGCAUGCAGCAGAGCUUCAACGUCGAGAAGGAGGCUAUGCUCCAACAGCUGGCGGCAUUGAGUCGGGAGGAUGCAGCAAUCAGGCAAAAGCUGGCACAGGAGCAGCGGAAGGUGCGUUUGUUGCAAAGCCGACUGACCGGCUCUCAGGGCUUCGAGGAGGAUGAUGAUGCAGUUGCCGAGACAGAGGUGCCGAUCGUUCAAGACGUGGAUAGUGACAGGAGCCACAUGGCCUUCAUUAAGAUCUCAGCCGUUGAAGAUGCUUUGCAGAAACUAGUCGAGUGGCUGGAGAACCGUCCAGACCUCUGGCAGCAGCUACGA